AUUAGAACUAGAAAAGGACAAUGCCAAAAUUGAAAAAACGUCAGCUGUCUGAAAAUUCAAGUUCUUGUUAAAAAUACUCCUGAUGAGUGCAAAACUUGAUUUCGUGGCUCGAUCCGAGCACAAACUUGUGGGCAAAAUGGGCUUUCGCAUUGGGCGGACGAUCGGAAAAGGCACCUACAGUAAAGUGUGUCUUUCAACCAACAGCAAGGGCGACAAAUUUGCCUGCAAAAUCAUCAGGAAGAAACUAGCCGGCAGCGAUUUUAUUGAGAAGUUUCUGCCCAGGGAAAUUGAGAUUAUCACUGCGAUUAAACACCCCAAUAUCAUUCAGGUCUACAAAAUAAUGGAAACCCAACAAGUAAUUUACAUGUUCAUGGAUUACUGUCGCGACGGCGACCUGCUGGAAUACAUCAGGGAAUACGGCUGUUUUCCUGAGGAAAAAGCCAAACACUAUUUUAGGCCAUUAGUGGAAGCAGUGGCGUACCUGCACGAUCUGGACAUCGCCCAUCGGGACAUAAAAUGCGAAAACAUCUUCCUAAUGGCGAACAAGCAAGUGAAGCUGGGAGAUUUUGGGUUUGCCCGAAUGUGUACCGACGCAUAUGGAAAACACGUUUUAUCGGACACUUUUUGCGGAUCGGCAGCUUAUGCCGCCCCCGAAAUACUCAAAGUAAGUGUCUGUCUGUGCCCUAAACUCUCUGGAAAGAUUCUCAAUGCGAAGUGAGAGUAGUAAAGGCGG